AUGUCGAGUUGUUACUCUGGAUUACAAGCUAGAAUAAAACUGAUAAAUCCAUUGGCUAAGUUUGUUCCCUGCUCGGCCCAUCCAUUAAAUUUGAUUUUAAAUUCUUCAAUCAAAAGAUUGUCAGAUACGAGGUGGUCUGCAAGAGAUGAUGCGUGUUAUUCAUUGAAUAAAAAUUGGUCGUCUAUUGAAAAUGCCUUGAUUAAGAUUGGAGAAAAUGAAAAAGAAAAGCCCACUAUUCGAUGUGAAGCAAAUGGUAUACUUAAAAUACUUAGAUCAUUAGAAACAUCUUUCUGUGUUGUUGUUGAGCUUUUUCAAUCAUUAAUUAAUUAUGAUAGUGAUAUUCGUACGGACAAAGACUAUGAAAAUUUUAAAAAAAAUGCUAUUGAAAAAUGUGGUAUUGUAAACUUCAGAAAUACUCAAAAACGACAAAAAAAAAUUAAAAAAUUUAGUGAUGACAGUUCAACACAAAAUAUUGUCACUGAUUUUAAAGUUUUAAGGAUCUUUCCUUAUGUGGAUAUUGCCUUACGAAUAUUAUUAUGUACUCCAGUUACUAACUGUUCUACUGAGAGAUCAUUUUCAGCCCUAAAACGCAUUAAAUCUUACUUAAGGUCAAACAUAGGUGAAGAAAGACUAUCUGCAUUAGCGAUUAUGAAUAUUGAAUCUGAUAUCACUACAACAAUAAAUUAUGAUGAUAUUAUUCAGAAAUUUGCUCAAGAUCGUGCACGAAGAAAAAUAUGA